UUCACUCUGUGAGGUGCCUGGCAGUAUAUAAGCAGCCUACGUUUGAACUAAUCGUGCUGACAGAUUUGAAGAUAUCAGGUAAUUAGGUCUCCAUAUAGAGCAAGAUGAGCAGCAACAAGAAAACUGGCAUUGAAAAUGACAAGAACUACAUUAAACUGAGUGGAGGUAACCCCUCAGUCUACAAACUGAACCUGAAAGACAUGGGAAGACAGCAUCUUAACAAAAAGGACUUUGGAUGUCCUUCCAAUCUCAUAACAACAAACAAAACAAUAAUGCUCCUGGGUGCUACUGGUUCAGGGAAGACAACUCUCAUCAACGGCAUGAUCAACUACAUUCUGGGCGUGAAAUGGAGUGAUGAAUGGAGACUCAAACUUAUAGAUGAGCAGACCAAUAAGACACAAGCAGAGAGCCAGACUGCAGAGGUCACAGCCUAUCAAAUUCAUUGUCAGAAUGGCUUCAGGGUUCCUUAUUCUGUCACAAUCAUAGAUACGCCAGGGUUUGGAGACACUAGGGGAAUCAUGCAUGACAGGAGAUCACUGAGAAAUUCGAAGUUCUUCUCUGAGCAAGAUGGUAUUCUUGGAAUCGAUGCUGUGUGUUUUGUGGUACAGUCAGCUUUAGCUCGACUAACACAAACCCAGAAAUACAUUUUUGAAGCUGUUCUUUCAAUCUUUGGAAGGGAUAUUGCAAACAACAUCACCAUUAUGAUCACUUUCGCUGAUGGGCAGAAACCUCCUGUGCUAGAUGCAAUUGAAGCUGCUGAUAUCCCUUGUAUAAAAAAAGAUGAUGGAACCUUUCUUCAUUUCAAAUUCAACAACUCUGCACUUUUUGCUCAAAAUAAAGAGUUGGAGGAUAAUGACGAUGAAGACAACUUUGAUGCAAUGUUCUGGAAAAUGGGCACAGUAAGCAUGAAAAGAUUCUUCGCUCACCUGGAAACAAUGGAGACAAAGAGUCUCCAGCUCACAAACCAGGUGCUGUUUGAACGCAAACAGCUGGAGGCAACUGUAACUGGAAUCCAGCCACUCAUCCAAACUGGUCUGGCAAAACUUGAUGAAAUUAAAAUGACAUCAGUAGCACUGGAACAGAAACAGUAUGUCAUGAAGGAAAAUGAAAAUUUUGAAUAUCAGGUUGAUACCCCAAAGUAUGAAAAAGUAAACAUUGAAAAAGGAAAAUUUAUAACCAAUUGUAUUGUUUGCAACUAUACCUGCCAUUAUCCAUGUGCUAUUCCAGUAGACAAAGAUAAAGCAAUGUGUUCAGCAAUGAAAAAUGGCUGCUGCGCUGUGUGCCCUGGUAAAUGCCUCUGGAAUGUGCAUCACAACAUGGCAUAUAGAAUUGAAAUCAAAACUGUGAAGGAGACAAGAACAUAUAAUGAGCUGAAAAAUAAAUAUGAAACUGCUCUGGGAGAAAAGAUGACAAUAGAGAAAAUUAUGCAGCAGUUGGAGAAGGAGUAUUAUGAUGUUCAAAUCAGUGUCUUUCAGAUGAGUGAGAAACUAGCCAAAAGCCUCACACGCCUGAAGGAAAUUGCUCUUCGUCCAGAUCCCUUGGCCACACCAGACUACAUAGAUCUACUGAUUGAGUCUGAAAAGCAAAUGGCCAAAGAAGGAUUCAGAAAGCGCAUUGCUGAGUUGGAAAAGAUAAAACAACAAGCUUUGAUUCUGCAGAAGGUGGAGAGAGGUGAGCCACUCACUGGGCAUGAGGAACGUAGCCGAAUCAACAUAACCAAGAGAAUGCUUGGAGUGUUUAACAACGUGGCAGGAUGGUUUAAACAAGCGAAAUAGUUUGGCAGUUUUCAAUGUAAAAAUAAUUUCUCGCACAAAAGAAAGUAUUGAAAUAAGCCCAUUGCAUUCAGCAUAACAAUGACUAUUACUGGUGUUUGUGUUAUUUUUUCUUUAUUUUGAUCUUUGAACCAGAUAUAGACAUAACCACCUUCGUUUGAGUAAUGAUGUGAGAUAAGCCUUUAUCUAAAUACUUGUGAGCUCUUCAUUUCCUAGAUUUUAAAGUAAAUACCAUGUUUGGCAUGAUUAAUCAGUGGUUAAUAAAAAUAUUAUAACUGUAUUCUUUGUAACUACAAGCCUCCAGUAACAUUGUAGUAUCUAAAGAGAAUGUGACUAAAUAUGUACAAUCAGUUUGAUUUAAACAUUUUUGUAAAAAUGACCACUAUGAUAAAAUAUUGUUCUCUGCACUACCUAUGCAUGUCUGUUGAUUAACUUCACUUUUAAGAUCGCCUCGUCCAACAUGUGACAAGGUAAUGUACAUCAAUCUUUUCCUUUCAUUUUCAAUAAACAAUAAAUGAUCAUUAUUUCA